AUGGAGGCUUCUUAAUCUGACUCAGCAUUUUAAGGUAUAUUAAGGAAAAUAGAUACAUAUUCUAUGCCAUUUUAGUUUAGUUUAUACGGACUAGAAAAGACUAAAAGAACUUUUGUAGGAGGAUUUUUUACCUUAAUAGUUUACUCAUUAUCUAUUGCCUAUUUUAUUUAUAUAACUAACCUCUAUUUCACUACUGGGUAUCAACCUAAGGUUUCUACAAUUGAUUUAUCUUAAAACAAUGAUUCUUUUUAAGUUGCCAAUGACUCAUUUGCAUUCAAUUUCUUUCUUUAAGGUUAAGGAAACAUUUAGCAAUAUGAGUAAUAGACAGGGAAAAAAUACUUUUCAUUUUUGAUUUAUUACUAAUAUUAUGAUAACAAUUAAAAUCUAAAAACUACCACACUGAAUACAAUAAAAUGCUCAGACACUAGUCUGUAAGAUUAUUUAUGUAUUGACUUUAGCUCGUUACCUUCUUAAGUGACUUUGAAAUAUAAUUAAAAUUAUUCAAGUUUAAAUUAAGAAGGAUUUUAGAUUAUUUUCUUACAAUGUAAUGGUGAUUAAAGCUGUGCAAGUGAUGAAGAUAUAGUAAAUGUAUUAUUUAAUGCAUAUAAUUCUAUUAAGUUCUCUUCUAAAUUAGAAAGGUUUAACACUAUAAGUUAAAAUGUAGAGACAGUUAGAUAAAUAAAUUCAUACAUAUUAGAUUAGUAUGUGGGUACUAGACAUUAGGUGCAUUUAAUUUAAUCUAAAACAACCUUAAUUGAAGGUUUUAUAUUAUAGAAAAGAUCAAUCAAUAAUUAUUUAGAUUCUUUUGAAGAAAUCUAAGAGAUAAAAUGGAUUUAAACUUUAUAAAAAUAAGUUAAAUUGCCUAUUAUUGGAGAAAUAAUAAUUAGCAUGAGUACUAAACAAAGGUUUAUAACUAUUUAAUAUCCACUUUUUACUGAAACAUUUGCAUAAUUUAUGAGUGUAUUUGCUCUUUUAACUAUCCUUGGGAACAUAGCAAUAAAAGCUUAUUAAUAAUUUAUUGCUCCAAAAGAAAGUUAAAUUGACAAAGAACUUCAAAAUUUGGAGAACUAAACUAGAGAAUUUUACAAGGAUAUAAUAUAAAUAAAAAAAAUAAUAAGACUUCUUUUAUCAAAGGAGUAAUUUUCAGCAAUUAAAUAUUGCGGUUUAGACAUACAAAAAUCUAAAGAAUAAUAAAACGAAUAAUUCGCUCUUGGACAAUAAAACAAAAUUGACACAAAAAUAGAAUUUAAUAUUGAGAAAAGAAAUAAUGAAACAUAAUAAACGCAUUUAAAAUUAAAUUAAGUAGAAUUAUAAAUAGAUUAAACAAAGGAAAAAAACUCUGUAAAUAACAAUUUGAUUUAAAAUGAUGUUAAAGAAGAAGCAUUAGCUAGCAAUUCUAAUUAAAGUAAAACAAAUUGUCUCAAUCAUCUUGAGUUGAUUGAGAAAAUAGAUCAUAACAACGAACUAGCAGAAUAAUAUUUUAUAAAUUAUUUACAAUAAAUUAACCAAAAAGAAAAUAUAAGUGAUUUAGAUCAACGUAUUUUGAAUUGCUUAAUAAAAACUGAAGAUGAAGAAUACUUAUAUUAAGAAUCUAAUUAGCAAUAAUAAUGA